AUGUUAUCCUCUUUUGUCUGGCUCACCCUCCCCUUGGUUAACGCCUUUGUGACCCCAGGAAAGUUGCCCCUCAAUGGGAGCCUGGAGAAGACUUUUGUAGUCCCGAACGUGUCGGCUUUCUUUCCCUGGGACAAUGACAGCCUGGCCGACUGGCAGAGCUUUGUGGACAGGAGCCGCUACGGAGCGGAGUCGCAGAGCACCACGGUGAAAGCCCUGCUCAUCGCCGCGUACUCCUUCAUCAUCAUCUUCUCCCUCUUCGGCAAUGUCCUGGUCUGUCACGUUAUCAUCAAGACGAAGCGCGUACACUCCGCCACCAGCUUGUUCAUUGUGAACCUGGCCGUGGCCGAUAUCAUGAUCACGCUCCUCAACACACCCUUCACGCUGGCUCGUUUUGUGAACAGUACCUGGAUCUUUGGGAAGGGGAUGUGCCACGUCAGUAGGUUUGCACAGUACUGCUCCCUCCACGUCUCUGCCUUGACCCUUACAGCCAUUGCUGUGGACAGGCACCAGGUUAUAAUGCACCCCCUGAAACCUCGCAUAUCUACUGGAAAAGGUGUUAUCUACAUCUCUGUAAUCUGGAUCAUGGCAACUUGUUUUUCUCUUCCACAUGCUAUCUACCAAAAGCUCUUUACCUUUGAAUACAGUGAGGAUGUUACCCGGUGCCUGUGUCUGCCAGAUUUUCCUGAACCUGCUGAACUCUUUUGGAAGUACCUGGAUUUAACAACCUUCAUUCUGCUCUAUGUCCUGCCCCUUCUGAUCAUCUCUGCUGCCUACGUGACAGUGGCAAAGAAACUCUGGCUGCGCAAUGUCAUCGGGGACGUCACCACUGAGCAGUACGUCAUCCUUCGCAAAAAGAAUAAGAAGACCAUCAAAAUGCUGAUGCUUGUUGUCAUCCUCUUUGCUGUUUGCUGGUUCCCCUUGAAUUGCUACGUUAUCCUCCUCUCCAGCCAGACUAUCCACACCAACAAUGCUCUGUACUUCGCCUUCCACUGGUUUGCAAUGAGCAGCACCUGCUACAACCCUUUCAUCUACUGCUGGCUCAAUGACAGCUUCCGAAGAGAACUGAAGGCUUUGCUCAACAUGUGCAGAAAACCCCACAGGCCCAUGGAACAGAGGCUUCCCUCCACAGUCCCAUCCUACCGACUGGCUUGGCCAGAAAAUGGCAACUUCAAGAGGUUGCAGACCUCCCGUGUCCUUCCACCAUCCUCUGCCAUCCAGUCAGGAAAGACAGACAUUUCUGCGGUUGAGCCAAUAGUAGCUGUGAGCUAAACAGUGACCUUGGACUGCACAAGAGCUGAAAUGGUGGGAAGAUGUGCAGCCCUAUCACACACAGGUGAUAAAACCAAGAAGGACGUUCUACAGGAGGCAGUAUGAAAGAGCUGCAUGUUUGAUGCUGGCUGAUGACAAUGGUGUGGAGACCCUAGAGGGGAGAAAAUAAACUCUCCCCAGGAAGGAACUUUUGUCUUUGUCAAUUUUGGACUGGCUUGCAGGAUGGGAUUCUCUGCAUGUCUGUUGCUGUUACCUGCAUGACUAAGCCUUCUUUAGAGCCAGGACUGGCUGUGGGUGUGUUUUGGUGGUACUUAACAGUCUCAUCACAUCAGCUCUCCUUUCCCCUUUUCUGAGUGUCCUUGUAGCAACAUGGAAAUGGUUGAGAUGCAGACCUUUACGCUGCUGAGAUCCAAUGCAACGAGGUAGGAAAGCAUUUUUUCUGAACUGGGGUCUGAAAAGUCAAGAGGUGUUCAGAAUGAAUGAAGAAAUCUAUUAUAUAUUUUGUUGUUGUUGUUGUUGUUACAAAUACACUUAGAGAAAUGGAGGAUGUGAGAGACAGUGAUAAAUAGGAGUCUCUUACAUCACAGGGCACUUUUUCUAAAAUAGGUUUGAAGAAAAGUGGAUGCCUAUUCUUCAAGUAAGUAGAUGUUGUUUUCUUCAAACAGAUAACUAAACCCAAAAAAGCAUACAAAAAGUUGGACAUAACAUUCACAGUUAGGGAAUGGAUAAUUAAGUUCUAUUGUGGAAUCGGACUAGAACCUUUAAUCAAAAUAUCUUUGUGUCAUUGUCAAGUUGCAGCUAAAGGAUCACACAGUUUGACUUUUUAACUUGCCUUUGAAUGUUGCUCUCUUACCCUGUAAAGCCCCUGUGUACUUGUCACUUCAGACAUUUGGGACAUUUCAUUCCAACUAAGAAGGGAGCUUUCUGAAAUCAGUUCAUAAAUGAACUGCUUUGGGAGAAGGGUUGAUAUCUCUGAUAGCAAGUAAUAAAAGUGGAACAUUUGUCUGCAACUUAUCCUCUGGUGAUUGUACAAUUUUGGUGCAUUUAAGGAUAGCUGAGAUGUGUCCUAUUUGGAGUGGCUAAGAAAAUUCAAGAAUGUAAGUGUCUGAAGUAGAUUUCAGAACUUAAUGUUCUUAGCAGAAGAAAAUAUGGGAUUGAAUAACAAAAAAAUGGUAUUCCAAGAACUGUACCUUAUAUUGCACAGAAGAAC